GUCGUGGAGGCAGAUUCGACCUGACUGUCCGCUUUUGGCUACAAGGUCGCAUACUUUGGUCCCUGGCCGAAUACCUAAUAACAUAAACUGACACUACACCUUGAAAUGCUUCCUAAGACACUUUUGAAGAGUUAUCAUAAAACAUUUUUAUUCCUCAGGAAAAAUAUAAUUACAAGCGGAUCUGAGAAAACCAAACCAAACAACUAUUCACAUCCCAGUUAUUUCGAGAAUCCUUUAAGUUGUCCUGAUUAUUUUGGUCUUAAAAACUUGGUUAAUAUUACGGAUUUAUUCCAAUCUCGUGUUCAUUUGGGUCACCGAUCGGCGUUACGCAAUGAAUACAUGAAGCCAUACAUAUACGGUUGUAGACAAGGUGUAGACAUAAUUGAUCUACAACAGACAUGUUCCUUGAUGUUUGAUGCACUUAAUUUCGCGGCUCACAUUGCCUACCGUCAAGGAAUAAUACUUUUUAUGUACCAGAAUAAACAAAUGUUACCUUUAAUUGAAAAGACUGCUGAAAAUGUUGGCGAGUAUUCUUACUGCCGCAAAUGGGAAGGUGGAGUUUUCACAAACUCAUCGGAUGUUUUUCAUGACUCUGUGAGGCUACCUGACUUAGUCCUUUUUCUCAGCACCUGUAAUUCAAUCUGCAGACCACAUUCUGCUGUACGAGAUGCGGCAAAGAUGCUCAUCCCAACAAUUGGUGUAGUUGAUACAAAUUCGGACCCCAGAUUAAUUAGCUAUCCUGUGCCCGGUAACGACGAUAGCCCUACAUCAGUACGUUUGUUCUGUGCGUUAUUCGCUGAAGCUAUUACAAGGGGCAAAAAGGCCGCUGCUCGAGACCGAACAUUAAAGGAGCAGCUAGACCGUCAGUCAGAGUCAUCAGAUCGCGUGGGAACAUCAGCAAUCGCCUAACAAUAAUUUACUUACUGCUCUAUAAACUUGUAUAUGUACAUAUAUUUAUAUAUAUUCGAUUGGUCAGUUAUAUCUCAAAGUCCAUUUAUUUUCAUCCAUUCAGUUCGCAGUAGUAGGUAGUUUCACCAAAAUGGAAACGAUCAUUGUGUUCAAAAUAAAAGAGCUCUCAUACUUUGUCG